GUCGAUUGACCACCGUCAGAGGAUCCGCACGAGAAAACGUUGUGUGGAGCAACGAAAAACACCUCGGUGUCUUACGAGUGCCUGAUUAUAUGCUUUCCAGUUGAACUGGUGUGGACACAUCAAAAGAUAUCCAAAUACACAAUGCGAUGGAUUGUCUGUCUCGCCUUUUUGAUCCUGUACAAAGGAAAAGAAAUUGAUUGCUUCAAUGCGAAUCCUACUAGUUCUAGAGGGGUAACGUUCGUAUGCUUUCGACAAAGGCAAUCGAAAGAACUCAAUGUGCGAAAGAGCAAGUCGUCGGACCUGCAAGACGAUGACAAAGGCCAACGAAGACGGAUCAUCAAAGCGUUUCUCUCCGCUCCGUUGUCUAUAAUUCUCCCUACGGGAGAAUCAUCGAUAGCAUCGGCAACCAGCGGAGAAAUCGCAAAGACAAAACCCUUUGCUCCGAUGGAAAAUCUUCUGCCCGCGGUCCGUGUCAAGCUGUCGAUCGACUCGGCAACGGAGUUGACGCAAUCUUUAAUGGCUGCCAAAAAGGACGAAGAAACACCAAAACAGAACAGAGAGCGGGAAGCAUCCAUACUGCACGAGCUCGAGAAAACGUUGCUGGGACCUCAAAACUACGUUCAAUCCACGCUCAAACUGCAGGGCGUCCCGGCAAAGCCCGGAGACCUGUACCUCGAUUCCUACAAAUCCAUGAAGGGAGACCUGCCCUUCCAGCAGUUUCUCAUCAAAAACGGAGACAUCGAUUCUUGGAAACGGCUCAAAAAAGCAGAGAAAAACAUGGAGCGGUCGAGCGAAGUAAGGGCAGCCCUGAAUGCCUACACCGACGCCCUGACCUUUUCUACGGAUUCGUACCUACUCACCGUCGAUAGGGACGCUCGGUCCAGGAUGGUCCGUGAAGAUCGCCUGCCGGACGUGAAGCAGGUCAUUACCAGCGACAUGGGAAUGCGAUAUCUGUACAGAAACCAGGUGCUGACGGCAAUGGAAGACGUAAAGGCAGAACUCGAGUACCAAUUGAUGCAGGCGGGCGGGGACCAGGGGUUUGAUGGUAGCGAGCUGCUCGAGUUGCUAGGGUCGGCGGGAACGGCAAUGGACCGGUGGCUUUCUCUCGUUCCCCCCGAGGACCUGAAACAAGCGCAGGAAUUCAUUUCUACUGAAGAGCGGUAGUGCAGAAAGAAAAAAAUGCCAAGCCCCACGAUUUGCCUGAUUUAUAUGCCAACGACGAUUCUCGAGACAGCAACGAGUCUCAUGCAUUUGUGACCUUUACCAUACAUUGAUAUAAAAACGUUGUAUUGCUUCUUCGCAAAUAAAGGAUAAGAGAAUAA